CUUUCCCAAUCUUUUGUAAACCUUCUCUUCAUUGUCGACAUGGUUCAUAAAGUCCACCUUUACAGGAUUUGAUACAACAUAGUCUUGUAAGACUGAUGGACUACACUAAAUUUGAUCCGGCACAGAUUGUUGCUUUUAACUCUAUAACAAUUUCAGUUAAACAUUUUCUAAGUUUAUGGGGGAAUAGCAAAAGGGUUAGGAGACCUAGAAUUGGGAAAUAAAAGAAAGAAACAAGUAUAGAAAAGUGGGGAAAAAUGAAGGUAAGCUUGCUACAGAGAUACUCUUUCCCAGUCUUUCGUAAACCUUCUCUUCAUUAUCACUCUGCUUUCCACACACCCAUUUCCUUUUCAUCGUCAUCUUCUUCUAUAAAACCCAAAAUCCCCCUCUUUUUGCGCCCACCAACCCACUCAAUCCCUCUCUCUGACCUCAAAAAAUGGUAUAAUUGGGCUAAAAAUCUCGCCUCCUCAGUCGGCUCCUCCUUUCUUCACUCAGACAAUGGCGCCGACGCCUCUCUUCUCUGCAGAGAACUCAACUGGCUGUUGGAAGACUCCCUUGAAGACCGCUCCCUCAUUCCCCAUCUGGGUAUCCAAGAAAGUUCCCAAAAUGCGAACUUGAGGGUGGAUUUGGAGGAGUUGUAUUCUUUGUGGAAGGAGAGGAUUGAAAAGAGGAAACCUUUACAGUAUUUGGUGGGGUGUGAACAUUGGAGGGACUUGGUUUUGUGUGUUGAAGAAGGGGUUUUCAUUCCGAGGCCAGAGACUGAGUUGAUGGUUGAUUUGGUGAGCCAUGCAAUUGAAAACAACGAGGAGUUGAGAGAAGGUUUCUGGGUUGAUUUGGGGACUGGGUCUGGGGCUAUUGCCAUUGGGAUUGGUAGAGUUUUGGGGGAGCAAGGGAAGGUUUUUGCCAUUGAUUUAAACCCUGUCGCUUGUUCUGUGGCCGCUCUGAACGUGCAGAGGUAUGGCUUGCAGGAUAAGAUUGAGGUAAGGCGGGGAUCUUGGUUCAAAACAUUGAAGGACUUUGAAGGAAAGCUUUCUGGUAUUGUGAGUAACCCACCAUAUAUACCAAGUGACCAUAUCUCUGGGCUACAAGCUGAAGUUGGUAAACAUGAACCAAGACUUGCAUUAGAUGGUGGUCCUGAUGGCAUGGAAGAUCUUCUCCAUCUUUUAAAUGGCGCUGCUUCAAUGCUGAAACCUGGUGGAUUUUUUGCAUUCGAGGUGAGGUGGAUUAUGAUAUUGUAAGAAUGCUAGCUUGAGGGCAGAGAGACAGUCCAGAAAACAAAUGGUGAGAAGCACUGCAAGUUUCUUGCAGACUACCUGGAAAAUGACUAUGCCGGUAGAUUUUGUAAUGUGAACAUAGUAUCUGACUUUGCUGGUAUUCAGCGGUUUGUAACUGGGUUCUGUCAAUGAGCAUAUUGAUUUAUGAAUGUAUUCAAAUACUAUCCAUCAAGUUUAAAGGAGAAAAAAUAAGAGUUGGGUCAGUAUUUCUCA